UUCUAUCUCCUUCUCAGUCUAUUUGUCAAUGCAAUAACACCAUCCCUGAAACCUUUGAACAUAGUGUUUUUUUGCAGCCAUGGAAACAGGGAUAGCAUGCUACACACGUGGGGCUUUUCUCCCUAGUGUUUCUUCCAAACACUCUCCACCCUCCAUCUCUCCAUCUUUUGGCUUCAGGAGCCUGAAAUCAAGCUCUUUGUUUGGAGAAUCACUAAGGGUGUCAUCAAAGUCAACACUGAAGGUUUCAAAGACAAAGGGUAGUACCUCACUUGUAACCAAAUGUGAAAUUGGUGACAGUCUGGAAGAGUUCCUCACCAAGGCAACCCCAGAUAAGGGGCUGAUCAGGUUGUUGUUUUCCAUGGGAGAAGCAUUGAGAACAAUUUCCUUCAAAGUCAAGACAGCUUCUUGUGGUGGAACACAAUGUGUUAAUUCUUUUGGGGAUGAGCAGCUUGCAGUGGAUAUGCUUGCUGACAAGCUUCUUUUUGAGGCCUUAACUUACUCUCACUUCUGCAAGUAUGCUUGCUCAGAAGAACAUCCUGAGCUUCUGGACAUGGGAGGCCCAACUGAAGGUGGAUUUAGUGUUGCAUUUGAUCCCCUUGAUGGCUCCAGCAUUGUGGACACAAACUUCACAGUAGGCACCAUCUUUGGUGUGUGGCCUGGAGAUAAGUUGACUGGGGUUACAGGAAGAGACCAAGUUGCAGCAGCCAUGGGGGUUUUGGGUCCUAGAACCACAUAUGUUCUUGCUCUUAAAGACUUCCCUGGCACCCAUGAAUUUCUUCUGCUCGAUGAAGGAAAGUGGCAGCAUGUCAAAGAGACUACAGAAAUUAAUGAAGGAAAACUAUUCUCCCCAGGAAAUUUGAGAGCCACAUCUGACAACCCCAACUAUGCCAAGUUGAUUGAUUACUAUGUCAAUGAAAAAUACACAUUGAGAUACACUGGAGGAAUGGUGCCAGAUGUGAACCAGAUUAUUGUAAAAGAAAAGGGCAUCUUCACAAACGUGUCAUCGCCAUCUGCCAAAGCAAAGCUGAGACUUCUGUUCGAGGUAGCUCCUUUGGGAUUCUUGAUUGAGAAAGCUGGAGGUUACAGCAGUGAUGGUCAUAAGUCUGUCCUAGACAUAGUCAUUGAUAACAUUGAUGACAGAACUCAAGUUGCUUAUGGAUCCAAGAAUGAGAUCAUUCGAUUUGAAGAAACCCUGUAUGGUUCAUCCAGGCUCAAGGGUGCUGUACCUGUUGGAGCAGCUGCAUAAUUAAGCUGUUAGCCUGCCAUUGCUUGUCAAUUUUCAUUUACUUUAUGCAAAAGAUAUAUGCUUAUCAUCAAACAACUCUGUAAAAUUUAGCCAUAGGUUUCCUGUUUGUUACUAUAACAAAGUUAAAUUUGUGUUGGUAUGAUCAGGAUCUUGGCAUCUGGCUAGCUAUGAAAGUCCAAUGUGCAUUAAGAAAUCA